GCAGGCUGCUGCUACUUCCCAUGGCCUCCAUGGCUGAGGACUGGCUGGACUGCCCAGCCCUGGGCCCUGGCUGGAAGCGCCGUGAAGUCUUUCGCAAGUCAGGGGCCACCUGUGGACGCUCGGACACUUAUUACCAGAGCCCCACAGGAGACAGGAUCCGAAGCAAAGUUGAGCUGACCCGAUACCUAGGCCCUGCGUGUGACCUUACCCUCUUCGACUUCAAACAAGGCAUCUUGUGCUAUCCAGCCCCCAAGGCCCAUUCCUUGGCCAUUCCCAGCAAAAAGAAAAAGAAGCCUUCAAGGCCAGCCAAGACACAGAAAUGUCAGGUUGGAGUCCAGGGUGGUGAGGUCAGGAAGGAAGUCCUGAGGGAUGAGAUCAAGGCUGCCUCUGACACAGCCCCAGCUUCCUUUCCUGCUCCUGGGUGCUGUGAAAACUGUGGAAUCAGCUUCUCAGGGGAUGGUUCCCGAAGGCAGCGGCUCAAAACGUUAUGCAAAGACUGCCGAGCACGGAGAAUUGCCUUCAACCGGGAACAGAGGAUGUUUAAGCGCGUGGGCUGUGGGGAGUGUGCCGCCUGCCAGGUAACAGAAGACUGCGGGGCCUGCUCCACCUGCCUCCUGCAGCUGCCCCAUGAUGUGGCAUCAGGGCUGUUCUGCAAGUGUGAGCGGAGACGUUGCCUCCGGAUUGUAGAAAGGAGCCGAGGGUGUGGAGUAUGCCGGGGCUGUCAGACCCAAGAGGACUGUGGCCGUUGCAGUAUCUGUCUUCGCCCUCCCCGUCCUGGUCUCAGGCGCCAGUGGAGGUGCGUCCAGCGGCGCUGCCUACGGGGUAAACAUGGCCGCCGCAGGGGAGGCUGCGACUCCAAGAUGGCUGCCAGGCGGCGCCUCCGAACCCAGCCACUGCCUCUGCUUCCCCCAUCACAGCCCCCAGAGCCCACAGAGCUGCACCCCAGAGCCCUGGUCCCCUCACCACCUGCCGAAUUCGUCUAUUACUGUGUAGACGAGGAUGAGCUACAGCCCUACACGAACCGCCGGCAGAACCGCAAGUGCGGGGCCUGUGCAGCCUGCCUACGGCGGAUGGACUGUGGCCGCUGCGACUUCUGCUGCGACAAGCCCAAAUUCGGGGGCAGCAACCAGAAGCGCCAGAAGUGUCGUUGGCGCCAGUGUCUGCAGUUUGCCAUGAAGCGGUUGCUGCCCAGUGUCUGGUCAGAGUCUGAGGAUGGGGCAAGAUCACCGCCCCCUUACCGUCGUCGCAGGCGGCCCAGCUCUGCUCGACGGCAUCAUUUAGGCUCUACCCUGAAGCCCUCCUUGGCCACGCGUGCAACUCGUCCAGAACAUGCCCAGGCUCCAAUGAAGCAGGAAGCAGGUGGUGGCUUUGUGCUUCCCCCUCCUGGCACCGAUCUCGUGUUUUUACGGGAGGGCGCAAGCAGUCCUGUGCAGGUGCCGGGCCCUGCUGCAGCUUCCACAGAAGCCCGACUGCAGGAGGCCCAGUGCUCUGGCCUGAGUUGGGUUGUGGCCUUACCCCAGGUGAAGCAAGAGAAGGCGGAUGCCCAGGAAGACUGGACACCGGGCACAGCUGUCCUGACUUCUCCUGUAUUGGUGCCUGGCUGCCCUAGCAAGGCAGCAGAGCCAGGCCUGCCAUCUGUGAAGCAAGAGCCGCCUGACCCUGAGGAGGACAAGGAAGACAACAAGGAUUACUCUGCCUCCAAAUCAGCCCCAGAGCAGGAGGCAGGAGGGGCUGGCACGCCUGUGAUCACGGAGAUUUUCAGCCUGGGUGGAACCCGGUUCCGGGACACGGCGGUCUGGUUGCCAAGGUCCAAGGACCUUAAAAACCCUGGAGCUAGAAAGCAGUAGACAGAAGGCUUCUGCAGACUGUAGGAUGCAAGUCUGCAGGGCGGGCAGUCGGGAAGGGAAGAUGGAUAUAAAGUGUGGGAGACCGAGGACACGGUGGAGCCCAUGAGCACGAGCUGGAACUCACGAGGAUGGCCUGGAACCCAUGUCAGUCUCUCACCACCUCCAGCUUCGAUGAUGUGGGUGUUCUGCAGAAGAAGCUGGUGUCCCUCCUCACAGAGUUAAAUAUGCAUCUGGCCCAGGAAUCAGCGAUGCUGAAGGAUGAUCCUGGGAAAGGUGGAGCAGUUGUAGGCCUGCCUGCAGGCCUGACUGCUGCCCCAGAGCAACGAGGUGAGCCAGCAGAUAAAUGACAACAUGUGUGAACUGCAACAGCACCUGGUGCCCCUGCACCAGCCUUCCAGUGUAAAAACAAUAUGCUGCUGCUUCAUUUCUACCCUCCAAUUAAAAGGCAAAAUGUCUCAUGUGGCCCAUCUUAACCGGAAGUGUACAGAGGAGCUUGGGGAAGCAUAGCCUAGCCAAGGUGACAUAUUACAGAGCCACCCUGCCAUGAAUCAGUUCCCAAGGGUAUUACUACUCACGUGAGGGUAAUAUGAUAAAUCUACGCUGCUGACAAUGCAAAGCUGAAGACCAUGGAUUUCAUGGUGACCCCAGCAAGUAAGAAAUUCUGCCAGCCACACUCAGAAAAAACUUGCCGGUCUUGGCUAUAUUUGUCACUCAUUCGAGUAUUGAGAACCUGACCCAUGAUAGGCACUGUAUAAUACUGGGAUAUAGAAAUGAAAAAGUUGGUCCAUGCAAUUUUAUUAAAUGCAUCAACAUGUAUUAUAAAUGGUGAAUGGAUUUCCAACUUUAUCAUGAAAUUUAAUGUUGAAAAUAUAGAAUUCAGGAAAUAAUUGAGAGGACAGCCCUUGUGUGAACCUUGUUUGGGGCACAAUAGGAACUGGAAAUUACUUAGUUUCUAUCUCUAAGCUGUUCUAUUUUAAUACUUUUAAAUGACUUCUAUCCUA